AUGGACAACACGUGCGAGGGUCCCAUCGGGGAAUGUUCAGACCAACCCCCUCUUGAGGAAGAAACCAGGGAACCCCCUGUAUCCCCCAAGACAAAGCCACCAUUCAGUAUCAUCUUCUCCACACUUCUCUUCUGUGGCGAGUGUGUGGCUGCUGGAUUCCUGUGUUCCUCCUACAGUCACUCUGAUGAUCACUUCUGGCUUGCGAUGACCAUUCUCUUCAUGCUGUAUCCAUCCAUCAUGGUCCAGCUGACCCUCAUUUUUGUCCACAGGGAUUUGACCAGUGACAAGCCACUGGUGUUACUGAUGCACAUGCUACAGUUGGGGCCUGUCAUCAGGUGCGUGGAGGCCCUGGUGGUUUACUGUUGCUCGGGUCGGCAGGAGGAGCCAUACGUUACCAUCACACGCAAGAAGAAGUUCAGGAAGGGCUCUGAGGUGGAGCUGGAGCAGGAGGUCGGCCACUCGAUCCGCAAGCUGGUCACACACCGCAAUGCCUUCAAGCGCAUAGCAGUGAUCCAGGCCUUCCUGGGCUCCACCCCGCAGCUCACACUGCAGCUGUACAUCAGCAUCAUUGAGAUGUGUGUCCCCACUGCCAGAGCCGUCCUGAUGGGCAUCUGCCUGAUAUCGGUCACCUAUGGGGCGCUGAUCUGCAACAUCCUGGCCAUCCAGAUAAAAUACGAUGACUACAAGGUCCAGCUGCGGCCGCUGGCAUUCAUCUGUAUCGUCCUGUGGCGCAGCCUGGAGAUCUCCACUCGUGUGGCCGUCCUGGUGCUCUUCUGCAGCGUCUUCAAGCACUGGAUCAUCCCCAUUAUACUCGCCAACCUGCUGAUCCUCUUCUUCUUGCCAUGGGUGCAAUUUUGGCAUAGCGGUGCCCAGCUGCCUGACAACGUAGAGAAGAACUUUAGCCGGGUGGGCACCGUGGCGGUGCUGUGCUCCUUCACCCUUCUGUACGCUGGCAUCAACAUAUUCUGCUGGUCGGCCGUGCAGCUGAACCUGACCGACCGGGACCUGAUAGACAAGGCACAGAGCUGGGGCCGGUUGACCACAUACUAUGCUGUGCGACUGGCGGAGAAUGCUCUCCUGCUUGUCCUCUGGUACUUCUUCAAGACAGAUGUGUUUGACUACAUCUGCACCCCACUGCUGGUGCUGCAGCUGCUGGUGGGCUACUGCUUGGCGAUCUUCUUCAUGCUCCUCUUCUUCCAGUACUUGCACCCAUGCCGCCAGCUCUUCCAGCACAAUGUCUCUGACUUCCUGCAGUGCGUCUGCUGCCAGCGGUGUGCACCAGUCAGGCCCACACAACUCGAUGCACCCUGUGAGUCUGGCGUGAGGCAUAGCAUCGUCUGACGCACGCAGCAGAGGGAGGCAGCAGGUCCAAAACAUCCAAAACGACACAGUUGCCGAUGUCAAUGACCGAUGGAAAGCACUUGCCUGGCUCUUGCCAGGUGUCUAGCUGUGACAGGACACUCACACUGCAUGAGUAAAGUGUGCACUUGUCCCCACCCCCAUCUCCUAAUUUGUCAGGAAAGCCCUUGUUUGGGGUCAGAGGGGAGUCCAGUCCCUGACUCUCUGCUCUUCCAGAGCUCCAUUCCCCACCAAUACACUGCAUCAAUUGCACACUACAACCUGCAGGGGCCACCCUUCUCUGCCAUGAAAGGAGAUUUCUGUCUCCAAGUAAGUCCAUGCAUCCCCGGACACCCUUGCUGCCCAGUGCCUUUGCUUUCACUUCUCAGCUGUACCUCAGCAGAAGGGACAUUGUUCAUGAUUGUGCUCUGUCUUCCCCAUUCCCAGUGUUCUCUCUCUGGUUAUUACUGUACAUUUGUUGAACUCACGAUGGAUGAAUCUUGAAGUUGACAUGGUGGGAAAUGUUCUGUGUUUUAAAGGAAUUGAUGCCA